AUGGAAAAGUGGAAACAACUGGCGUUCUCGAAGGAGGAGGAAGAGGGGAUUACGGCAGAGGCAGACGAGAUUUGCGAGGAAGAGGUUUUCCACAGGACUCUGGUGGGUAGACUAUGGACAGAUAAUAGCUUCAAUGCUCGGGCUUUUACUAAUACGAUGAUUGGCGCGUGGAGAUUGAAGAGCCCGGUGGAAACCCACGAGUUAAGCAAAAAUCUGUUCUUAUUUAGGUUCAGUACAAAGAGGGAUAUGGAGAAUGUGCUGCGACAGGGGCCGUGGAGUUUCGACAGAAACUUAUUGGUGCUUGACAGAGUAUCAGGAGAAGAACAACCAUCGGCUCUUAACCUUCAUUACGGAACUUUCUGGGUGAGAAUCUACGAUUUACCCCUUAAACUCAGAACAGAGGCCAUGGCAAGGAAAUUGGGGGGAAUCCUGGGAUCGUUUGAGGAAAUGGACCAUAAAGAAGCCCAUAAAAAUGGAAGAUUUCUCCGAAUUAAAGCAACAAUAGAUCUGAAGCAACCACUCAAGAGGGGUACGGUGGUGCGAUUCAAGGAAAAAAACCUCAGAGUCCACUUCAAAUACGAGAGACUACCUACCUUCUGCUUCAUAUGUGGAAGACUAGGGCACCAACUCAAAGACUGUGAAGCGGCGGAGGAUCUGAGUGAAGAAGGAUUCAAAGAUCUGGAUGAGCAGGAGCUGUCGUAUGGAGCGUGGCUUCGUUCCUCGCCCCUACCAAAGCUGCCAGAGGACCAGGUGAAGAGAGAAUCUAACUCAAGCUCGUGUAAUAAGAGCUUGUUUAAUAUAUCUUCUGGUCAAAGUAGGUGCAGCACGAAGGGUAAAGAGAAGGAAAACGAGGGUGGUGAAGGGGAAGUAGAGCAAACAAAACAGAAAGGAGGAGCUGCCCAAUCUGAAAGAAACAAACAACCAGUUACCCAUGCCGAAACAACUAAUAAUCUUGAGAUUGAAGCCAUGGCAGAGUCUCUUGGAGCGGUGGAACUGUCUAUAGCCACAAAACAAUUAGCCCCUAUACAAAAGACAGUAGCAAAGAAAGGUAGGAAAUGGACAAGGAAAACAAAUACAAAGAAGUCAGCUGGUGAAAUUGGCAAGAAACUUGAAUUGGAGCUUGGAAAAAGAAACUUGGUGGAUGUCAUGAUCAUUGAUGGCACAAUGGGUGAAGGAGGGAGUGGAGAGAAGAAACAGAAAGGGGCUGAAAAGGAGCAGGCAGAGGGCACAUCAAAACCAGAGGUGGUGUUGGAAAUCCAACACCGCCUACAACAAUGA